GAACACGGAGUGGUCGUCUCUCCGGAGCUCCCAACCAAUGGGGAGACGGGACAGGAGGAUGAUGUCAACGCAGAUUCUGCCUCCCGAUUGGCUAAGGAGCCGUCACAUGGCGGCAGAGAGAGCAUGCUGGAACUUCGUCUGAAGAAACUGUUCGAGGAACGAGAGAGCUUACAGGAUCAGGUGCGUCUGUUGAAGUCUGAGCUGGACCAGAGGAGCGGUUCUGGUUCUGAGGGUCUGCAGAACGGGCUGGACCCUCACCUGCUGGACCUCCAGAGAGACGCCAACCGGCAGAUCAGCGACCUGAAGUUCAAGCUGGUGAAGUCUGAACAGGAAGUGACCACUCUGGAGCAAAAUGUGAUCCGUCUGGACGGACAGGUGUCCAGGUACAAGGGGGCGUCAGAGAACGCAGAGAAGAUCGAAGACGAGUUGAAGGUCGAGAAGAGGAAGCUGCAGAGAGAGCUGCGCUGCGCUCUGGACCGAGUGGACGAGCUGGAGGUUAAUAAUUCCCACCUCCUCAAACGCCUCGACAAGAUGAAGGCCAAUCGCAGCGCCCUGCUCAACCAGCAGUGACCCCCCCACUAAAGAGAGAGGACCCCCCCCCCCCCCAUCACCUGGCAGUUCACCUGAAUCGGACCAUCUCUUGAACAGCUGUGAUAAUCGACGGUAAACUCCGCCCACCUGUCCUCCAGGUGUUUAAAACAAACAUCCUCUUUCAGCACUUCCUGUUUCCUUCACACUAUUCUAACUUUAUUUUGAAAGGGUGUGUGUCUCUGGGUGGAGACGCUCUGGUUUCCUGUGUUUUCACGUGGGGGGGGAAGGGGUGUUUUGCAGCUGGUGGAAGAAGAAGGGAUGAAGCUCUAGAGACGAGCAGAGGAGGAAUAUCUUUUCUGUGAGGCGUUCGAGGACCAGAUGGAAAAUGGAGGAUCAGACAUUUUGGAAAUAUUUUCGUUUGGAGUUCGGGAUUUAAAGACACGCUGGAACUUCAAAAUAAAAGCCCGGCUCUGAGAGUUGAAGAGAUUUAUUUUAUUUUCUGACGGAGAAACUUUUAUUCUGAGAGACGUUUGAGGACCUGAAGGAAAAUCUGCAAAAUGUGAAGAAUCCCCUGGUGCUGGAUUGACCCUGCAGGCCACCGUAGAUCUGGAUCUUAUUUUGGAGGGGUGCAGGUGACGGAGGGUUUCCUGUGAAAAUAAGCUGAACAAUCAAUAUUAUAUCCUUUGACCUUUAUUUUGAAGGGCAACACACCUGUGCCCGAACACCUGGAGUUUAAUCAUCUCUGUUUACAGAAACACAUAUCGCUUCAUAUCAAAUACAUCAUUUACUCAAAUAUAAUAACAAAUACAGAAAAACACUGAAUUAUUAAUUACGUUUUUCAGAUUACAUUUCUAAAGGAAAAUAUUGUUUUCAUGUUUAAUUGAAUAUGUAAUGUUUGGGCACAGGUGUGUUGAUGAGACUCGACAGUAUGAAUAUAAUAAGGUGUUCAUAACGUGUUCAUGUAAUAUGUGUCUGAAUGCUCCACUUCUUCUGCAGGCCAGGUGCUUUUAUUUUGGAGGGGUGUCAGCACUGUGCAAUAUUCCAUAUACCAGUAACACUAUAUACCAGUUCUAUAUAGACUGGGUUUGAACAUAUUAAACUCAUUAAAACAUC